AUGGCCAACAUUCAUGUACUACAGGUGACAAGAUUCCUUUUCUGCUUGUUUAUUACUUGUUCUGCUUUCUGUUACGUGUUAUUUGCAGGAGCACUUAGUUUUGAUUUUCCUCCCCGAACGGCUAUCCAUAUUUCUGAAGAUGCUUCCAUUUCUGAGGACGUUAUACAGCUUACCAAGAGUCAACUCAACGACGACAUGACAUGGAACCAUGGCUGGGCAACUUUUGCUAACAUUGUUCCUCUGUGGGACAUUUCUUCUCAAGCUUUGGCAAGUUUCUCCACGAAUUUCCAGUUCAGUAUUGCCAGAUUUGAUGGUAAUGUCGGCGGAGACGGACUCGCUUUCUUCCUCGCUCCGUUCGACUUUGUACCGUCCGAUGCUUAUGCGGGCAAAUGGCUUGGGUUGUUCAGAUCUGAAACAGAUGGGAACUUAUCGAAUCAGAUUGUUGCUGUGGAGUUCGACACAUUCAAGAAUGACUGGGAUCCCGAUGACAACCAUGUGGGAAUCGAUGUCAACAGCAUUAAAUCCGAGGAAACAUUUUCAAUUAAAGAUGGUGCUCUCUACAGCGGAGUAAAAUGGGAAGCGUGGGUGGAUUACAAUGGUACAUUGGCACAGCUUCAAGUAUUUCUUUCACAGAGCCCAAACAAUACUAGUCCAUCUAAACCGGAAAGUCCGGUGUUGGUGUAUGAUAUAGACCUGAGCUGGUACCUUCCCCAGAACGUCAUGGUUGGCCUUUCGGCCUCCACGGGGGUCUUUAUUGAGACUCACGAAUUACACUUUUGGAAAUUUUCAUGUCAAUUUUCAUGGGACAGUUUAACCCCAAGCCCAGCCCCAAUAACUUACCCAAACCAAACAGCCCAAAUAUCGAACCCAAACCAAACAGAAAUGGAAAGCCCAAGCUCUAGCCAUUCUGGGUUGAAAAUUAUUUCUAUUGUUAUUGGUAUUGUUUGUGCUAUGGUUAUUAUUGUUUUCUUUGUAUGGAAACGCCGUAUAAGUGCUAGAAGAGGCGAGCGUUGCGAACUCGGGAGCAUUGGUGAGGAAAAGGAGAGCGAUGAGGAGCUGGACAAAAGGCUUGAAAGGGCUGUUCAGUCUGUGCGGAAGUUUUCAUAUGCUGAGCUCAGGGCCGCUACUAACAACUUCAGUGCAAACCAAGAGAUUGGACGUGGUGGCUUCGGAAGCGUUUAUAGAGGCACUCUGUGUGGCACAAAUGAAGUUGUAGCUGUGAAAAGGAUGAAUGCAAAUUCCGCUGAAGGCAAGAAAGAGUACGCGUCAGAAGUGAUUAUGAACGGUAAUCUCACACACCGUAAUCUCGUUCAGCUUUUGGGAUGGUGCCACCGAAAGGAGGAUAGGCUUCUCGUCUAUGAAUUACUCCCAAAUGGAAGUCUCGAUAAUUAUCUUUUUGACAAUCCGAAGGGUGAUCUGGACUGGGAUAAAAGAUAUAUCAUAGCCCUGGACAUAGCUUCUGGUCUCGUUUAUCUUCAUCAGGAUCGCCGGGACAGUGUUUUGCACAGGGAUAUCAAGGCAGGCAACGUGAUGUUGGAUUCAGAAUUCAGAGCCAAGCUGGGGGAUUUUGGUCUCGCGAGAGCGCUGAAAUCUGAGGAGGAAGAUUAUUAUACCACUAAUCCAGCUGGUACAAUUGGGUAUAUGGCACCGGAGUUAGUCGUAACGGGAAAAGCCAGUCGAGAAUCAGACGUGUUCAGCUUUGGAGCACUCGCCCUUGAAAUUGCAUGUGGAAAGCGGCCGUUGAACAGUAGCUUAGCUGAACAUAAUUACAGACUGGUAGAAUGGGUUUGGCACUUGCAUGGAGAGAACAGAAUAGUAGAUGCAGUAGAUGAAAAACUUGAUAAUAAUUUCAAUCGUGAGCAAAUGAGACGGCUAAUGUUGUUGGGCUUGUGGUGUUCUCAUCCCAACCCGAAUGUGAGACCAAGUAUGAAAAAAGUACUGCACACGCUUGAAAGCGGAGAUGGAUUGCCUCAUAUUCCUCACGAUUAUCCACGGGCUCUUCCAUCGAAAUUAGCCAGUAUUCCCGGGCUAUCCGUAAGUUCUUCCAGUGUAAAUGCAACAACAGUGUAA